UUGGAUGGUAAGGUUUGCUGGAGUUGACGAGGAGAAUGAAGGCUAUAUUUUGCGGGAAUCUUGAUUAUGACGCGCGGCAGUCUGAUUUGGAGCGUCUUUUUAGAAGAUAUGGGAGAAUUGAUAGGGUGGAUAUGAAGUCUGGAUUACUUGGAAUGUCUAUGCUCUUCUUGGUUGGAUAUGCUCCUCUGCAUUUCUUUUUGUGGCACAUUUUCAAGCAUCAUCUUCUUCAUGUCUUUUUUCCACAAGAACCAACCUGAUCCACCACGGAACUGUCAUCCUUCAUUCCCUGAGACACCAUUGCCUUAAUUUCCUCAUGAGUUUUGGUCAAUGUUCUAAUUUUGGAAUCUUUCAGCAUAGAAAUCAUGAUGAUCUCAAAGCCAGUGGCAGGAUUUGCUUUUGUCUAUAUGGAGGAUGAAAGAGAUGCUGAGGAUGCUAUCCGUAGGCUUGACCGGGCUGAAUUUGGGAGAAAAGGGCGCCGUCUUCGUGUUGAGUGGACUAAGCAAGAAUGUGAAAGUAGAAGGCCUGCUGGUUCAAGAAGAUCAUUGACUAACACGACUCCAUCAAAAACUUUGUUUGUCAUUAAUUUUGAUCCAGUUCAUACCCGAACUAGGGAUCUGGAGAGGCACUUUGAUCCUCAUGGAAAAAUAUUGAGCACAAGGAUUCGGAGAAAUUUUGCAUUCGUUCAGUAUGAAUUACAGGAAGAUGCUACGAAGGCAUUGGAGGCAACUGACAUGAGCAAGUUCAUGGAUCGGGUCAUUUCGGUGGAAUAUGCUGCUCGAGAUGAUGAAAGAAGGAAUGGUUACAGUCCUGAGAGAAGAGAUCGUGACAGAUCUCCUGACAGAAACUAUAAUCGUGAACGAUCCCCGAGUCCAUAUCGUAGAGAUAGGGGCAGCCCGGACUCCUGUCAUAGAUCAAAUACUAAUUCCAGACCUGAACCAAGAGGAAAUCAUAAUUACGAUAAAGCUGAAAGUCCUGAAAAUGAAAGAUAUCGCAGUCGCACCCCACCAUCUCGAGAAAGGUCUCGUUCUUGAGAUGCAGCAGAAGGUUCGCAGUCUGUCCUUUCCUAUCUUUCGACAAGUCACCACACGUAGCUGGGCUACUCCGUUAAUGUGCAUUAUGUAUCAAUUACUAUUUUUUUUUUUAGAGGCUUCUUGUGUAUUGACAUGAUUUGUGAGGUUUUGUAUUUAGACCCUGAUUCCAUGAUUUUCAAAAAAAUUGAAUUUUUUUUUAUUA